UCACGGAUUACGUAACAAUGCUUCCUUUUGAUUUCUGGCAUGUUACGGAACUUCACGGAUUGUGCAACAAUGCUCUCUUUUGACUUGUGGCACGUCAUGGAACUUUACGUAUUGUGCAACAAUGGGUGCCAAGUACCUCGAAGCGGUUAAGCAAAGGUUGCAUGCCAUUAAACAAUUGUCCCCGGAGGAAGUUAGGGUAUGACAGCAGGGAAUACGAAAGAAGGCGCAGAAGAUUCAAAAAAUACAAUGGCUGCCCCCACUUACUGUCUCGUGGGGGUUAUGAUCUUCUUGACAAAAAACUUAUGGACGAGAAGAGGAAGCAUCAAGAACAUCUAGCUGAGUUUAUUGAAAAUCCAUCACUCGGCAUCGACCCUCCAUCCCCCGUGUCGAGACAUCUCAAGUGGAAGAUGGCCCACACAAAGCCUUAUGGGCAAAUGACCUCUGCAGCAGCACAACAAAUAUCAGACGAAAUUGAUUCUUUAGAGGAAUAGACGACGCAAGGUAGCCUUGUUCCACAUGGUCAUCAGGAUAUACUGAACACUGCUAUUGGCAGACCUGAGCAUCCAGGACGUGUUCAUGUUCUUAUGUUGUACAUUUUACGAAGUUUCUUAUAUGAUGUAUGAGGGAGCCGUCCACAAUGGCAAGGAUAAAUGGAGUAUCAUUUGGUCAAAAAUUCUUUAUUCUGACUUUAGAUGUUGUAAAUCAAAGUCUCUAAUGAGUAUAGUGGAAAUAUGAAUUGGUUGUGAUCAUAAUAAUUCAAUAUACUAUCAUUGCUGAAUCCUAAAAGUGGAGCAACUAUUAUGUGGUAAUGUAUUCACAUUAAUAUGGAUUCUAACCCAUUCAUCCGGUUGAAGUUAAGUUUCUGAUUGUUGUCAAUAACUGCUUUGUUUACAUUCAUUAAGUUUCAUUUGACCAAUUUUUUGUUCA